AUGGGGCAGAGCCCAUGCUUCCGCAUGUUUCAGAACGACGGGGACUUGGACGAGAGGACUCCGCUGAGACUGCCGCCGCAGCAGGUGGUGCAGGGCGGCUUGUCGCUGGCGCCGCAGCAGGUAGUGCAAGUACAAGGAUCUAGCUCGGGCUCGCCGCACGCCUUGGGCACCCAGUUCCCGCAGCCGCCCCCGGCGUCGCGGCAGUUGGAUCCCCAUCCGCCGUUGCACACUCCGUGGGCGCAGCGCAGCAGCGCGCCGAUCCCUGGCGCUGGCGCUGGCGGCGAGCUGGACGCAGUGCACGGGCCACUUUCGGGAGUCGCGGCGGAAACCGCCUGCCACACUGCGGGCCCCCCCAGCGCUUUCGGCCCCCCGCAGCCAGCCGUUGCCAGCGAAGAGCCCCAACUCCCUCCCGCCGCUGCGCCAGCCACCGGGGCGCCGCAGCAGGCGGAAACUGCCGGCCACGGAGGCGCCGCGCAACCGGGUGUGCAGUUGGUGGCGGAGCUGCCAGGCAGGAGGCGAAGCCUGCUAGUGGGUAUUAACUACUUCGGCACGUCUUCCGAGCUCAGCGGGUGCGUCAACGACAUCCUGCGGGUGCGGCCAGUCCUGGCCGAGAAAUGGGGCUUCCAGCAGGGCGAGGAGACGCAGCGCGUGCUCCUGGACUCACCAGACUGGCCGCAGCACCUGCGACCGACUCUCGCGAACAUGCGGGCCGCCAUCGGCUGGCUCGCGGCUGGCGCGGCAACGGGCGACGCCCUGUUCUUCCACUACAGUGGGCAUGGGGGCCGAGAGCCACGCUGCGACGGCUCAGAGGGCUACCACGAGACGCUCUGUCCUGUGGACUACGAGACUGCGGGCAUGUUGGUUGACACCGAGCUCUUCGAUAGGCUGGUCAAGUCACUGCCGGCUGGCUGCAGGCUCACCUGCGUGCUGGAUUGCUGCCACAGCGCUGGGGCUCUCGACUUGCCUUACGUGUUCGUGGGCUCCAAGGAGAACCUAGACAAGGCCCUGGCGGGGGAGGCAAUGGACCUGGCUGUCUCCAAGAACUGGGCCCACGACAUGGCCGGCUUGUCCGACGGAAGGCCUGAGGCUCUGCUCGGCGAUCUGGCCUCCAUGGGCCUUGGCUUGUGGGAGCUGUACAGGAAGCGGCAGGCCACCAAGGCGGCCGGCGUUGCUGGGUUCGCAGGCUCGGAGGCGGCCGAGAACGCCGGCCUGGCCGUGGGAGAGGUCAUCGCCUUCACUGGCUGCCGCUCCGACCAGACCAGCGCGGACGUGGGCGACGUGCACGCGCAGUUCGACGGCGUGCGCCACGUGGACGACGGAGGCACCGGCAGCUCAGGCUGCGGGCAUGCAGGCGCCCACGUGGGCGACCACGCGGGAGGCGCCCUGACGGCUGUCUUCCUGGAGUCGCUUGCCGACGGCGCCUCGGGGGAGCUCACGUACCUGUCGCUGCUGGAGCGCAUGCGCCAGCGCCUGCAGGGCGAGGGCUUCUCGCAGGUGCCGCAGCUGGCCUCCUCGCUGCUCGUCGAGCUGCAGCAGCGCUUCUCGCUCACGUCCAUCUUCCUGCCUCCCGCCGGGGGCUCCCGCGGCCUCGGCGCCGGCGGCGGCCUGGAUGCCACGGACGCGGCGCUGCUCGGAGGCACAGCCUCGUGCGCAGCUGCAGGCUUCCUGGCCGCCAUGGCGUCGUCGCACCACGGAGGGGCGAUGCUGCAGGGCGCCCGGGCGCCCGCCGAGUGGCGCGCCGAGGGCGGCUGCCCGGAGCUCUCGGCGGGGCAGCCGCUGCACGCCUGGGGCGGCGGCUGCGACAGGGACGCCGCCGGCUCCGCGGCGCCGCUGGAGCCCUGGGGAGGAGGCGGCAGCGUGCAGCCGCCCGCGGACGCGGCGGGGCCGCCGCAGCCCUGCGGCAUUGCCGACGCCGCCGCCCCGCUGUCGGCCUGGGGCGCCAGCGCACCAGGCGGCGCGGAGGUGCAGGCGGGCUCCGCGGCCCCGCUGUCGGGCUGGGGCGCGGGAGCCCCGGCCAGCGCGGAGACGCAGGCGUCAGAGGAGGCUGAGGAGGCUGAGAAGGCUGAGGAGGAGGAGAGGGAGGAGGACGAGGAGGAGGACUCAGAGGAGCGGCUCGACGAGGGCCUGGACCCGGAUGACCUCGACGAGGACGACGAGGAAGAGGACGCCUUUCAGGACUUUGACGACGAUGAGGACGACGACUACGACGACGAGCUCUGA